AUGGCGGAUGUGGAAGAAGUGGUACAGGGGGUGAGCAACACGAGAGAGGCUGACAGAAUGAGAGCCAGACUAGUGAAUGUCCUUCAAAAUGAGAUCCGUAGACCAAAAGCUCUGUCCCACCAGGAAAGGCUGAUGGAGACAUGGGAGAGGGAGACAAUCGAAUUCCUAAAAAGAAAAGGAAAAGAAAUCGUAAUCAUAAAUUCAGAUAAGGGAAAUAAGACAACAAUUAUGAACAGAGUACAAUACGAGGAGAAGAUGGAAGCAUUGAACCUUCCCGAAGGGGUUGUUCUCGUAAGUUUAGAUGUAGUUUCGUUAUUUACCUAUGUCCCUAUUGAACUAGCUCUGCAGGAGGUUGAUAGGAGAUUUCAUGAAAUUGAGGAUCAUACAACACUGGAAAAAGAAGAACUUGCGAGACUUGUCAGUUUCUGCCUUACCUCAGGAUAUUUCUUAUAUAAAGGGGGAUCGUAUGUCCAGUUGGAUGGUGUGGCAAUGGGCUCCCCCAUCAGUCCCAUUGUGGCUGAUAUUGUGAUGCAGCGAGCUCUGGAAUGUAUUCUAAACAGCAGUUCCUUGAGAAUUUCAUUCAUCAAAAAGUACGUGGAUGAUUUAUUGGUGGCCAUACAUUCGGAAGAUGUGCAGAAUGUCCUAGAGGUAUUCAACGGUUUCCAUCCAAAAAUCAAAUUUACACUGGAGGAAGAAGUGGAAAAUAAACUCCCAUAUUUGGACAUGGUGCUCCAUAGAAACCAAGAUGGAAGCAUAAAAACGGUGUGGUACAGUAAACCCUGUUCCUCCCAGAGAAUGCUGAAUUACCACAGUCUACAUCCCAUCAACAUGCUCCUGAAUGUAGCGAGGAACUUCAGAAAUAGGGUGAGGAAGCUCACCUCAAAAGAAGAUGAAAACCCGGACGAGAUAAUCAGAAGGGUACUCAGGAGGAAUGCCUACCCAGAGCACAUCAUUCGAUCACUGUUGAGACCAGAGCGUCAACAUAGGAGGGCAGGAGGCACUGAUGAGGGAGAGAGACAGGAUGAACCCGCGGAGUUCCAUUCGAUGGUCUAUGUAAAGGGGCUCUCGGAGAGAUUGAGGAAUAUCAUCAAGAAAUCUGGAAACAAGAAAACAGCAUUCAAACCAGCAAAAAGAGUGAAGUCCUUUUUUACAAAAGUGAAAGAUCCUAUUCCUCAGGAGCAGAAAUCCGAUGUGGUGUACGAAAUACCGUGUGGUGGGUGUGAACUCAGGUAUAUUGGCACCACGGGACAGCAUCUCAAGAAUCGGAUUCAGCAGCACCGAAGAGAUUGCAGACCCCCGAUAUCCAACGAGCAGCCGCAUGGGCUCGAGGACUCGCUAAUCCAAUUCAUCCAUACGUACCAUCCAUACACAGGUGGGAAUCUCAUCCAGUGGGGCUUUCACGCGCCAUCCAAUUCAUCCAUACGUACCAUCCAUACACAGGUGGGAAUCUCAUCCAGUGGGGCUUUCACGCGCCAUCCAAUUCAUCCAUACGUACCAUCCAUACACAGGUGGGAAUCUCAUCCAGUGGGGCUUUCACGCGCCAUCCAAUUCAUCCAUACGUACCAUCCAUACACAGGUGGGAAUCUCAUCCAGUGGGGCUUUCACGCGCCAUCCAAUUCAUCCAUACGUACCAUCCAUACACAGGUUAGUUUCUCCAUCGUUAGUCCAGCCGAGCCUCAACGACAGGCUACGUUGUUGUAA